AUGCGGGGCUUUAUGCUGAACUUCGUCAAGGGCAGGACCAAGAAGGGAGCGACCAAAAAAAAGAUCUUCUCCAUCCCGACUUUAAACACAGACAACAAGUCGACGAGGAGCAAAGGGAGGUCGUCAAAGCUGAAGGAUACAGUUGGCAACGCCUACGCGGGGGAGCAAGAGAAGGCNAUCCCGACUUUAAACACAGACAACAAGUCGACGAGGAGCAAAGGGAGGUCGUCAAAGCUGAAGGAUACAGUUGGCAACGCCUACGCGGGGGAGCAAGAGAAGGCGAUGGUCCUGAACGUGUUUGACGCUGUCAUAGGGAGGGGGUCGUUGACCGAGGAGCAGGUGGUGGACAUGGCGACGAAGAUUGGAGCAUCAACGCCGUUUAGCAUGGCAAAUGCUGACGGAGGGAUACUAGAAGGGGCUAAGCAUGCCAACAAAUCCGCAGGCCCGACGAAGUGGCUCCAAGAUUACAGCUUCGACGCAGUCGCCGACGAGCUUUUUUACACCACGUGUGCCCACGGCGUGGACCUGCUUGUGUCAAUACAUCAAGGGGUGAGGCAACGGGACUUGGAGGGUGGGGCACAGGGGAAUAUCAACUACUUCGUGAGCGAGUUGGACUCGAAAUGGCGGAUGAAAGUGGAUCUGUUCCUGACAGUAUCGGGUGGUGGCGCUCUCUCGUUCGACCCGACAUCGACGGACCCAAUCCCCCCGUCGCAGUACCAAUCAUGGCUUCGUGCAGCUCGAGAUCGUAUCGCCGCGCACCUCGCCAUGGACAUACUCGACGAGAAGAGGUGGACCGGAGACUGCACGCCCAAGGGAGUUGUGGCGUUUUACAGUGUCGAGGGCGAAGCUGCGUUGAAGGCACCUCCUGUUGCCGCCGACCCCGCGGUCAGCUCCGGGGGAGGCGUACCGGGAGGACCGGCCACAUCACCUGAGGUACCGGUGCAGAUUGACAGCGUCGAAAGUAGUACCGUGCGCUCUGGUGGGGACGGGACCGAGGAGGGCGGAGUGCCAACGCUUGCGGAAGAGGACCCUCUUCUCCACUACCGAAGGGGCGCAGGCCGUUCAGUACAACGCAUUUUUUUGUGGCGUUUGACGUUAGUGAGUGCACUGCUUGCCGGGCUUGCCGCGGGCAUCUUCCCGUGCCUGGUAUCCUCCCGUGCCGGUAUCGAAGGGGCCUGGCAUGUUUUUUGACAUGUUCCUCCGCGGUCGGUCCGCAGUCGGCAGUCAUGGAUAGGAAAUAUGUCAUGGAUACGGUGUCGGGAGGUCCUGAGACGUUCCGAGGCUAUUCGAUGUUCUGCCGUGCGGUGACGUGGAGACGAUUUCCGCUCGAUUUUCGCCGUCCGUAAGUGGACACAAGUGGGUACAAUUUAGACAAAAGUGGGUCGAAAUAUAGACAUAAUAAGU